GUUCUUUUGCCACCUGCAAGUUGCCCCCCACGGAGCAAGGGCGGGAGGAGGGGGGAGAAAGACUGGAUUGAUUUGCCCUGGACCUGCGCAGCUCGCGCAUCUGAGGGGAGUGGUUGCUGUGGGGGAGUUAACCUUGGUCCCGGCUUUGGCCGUCGGGGGAGGAAGACCUGUGCGCCCACCGCCUCUCCCACUUCUCCGCCGGAACUGGGUGAUUCCAUUGUCCAUCUCGGGUCUCUCCUCUUUUUCCCGAAGCCCAGAAACUCUCCUCUUCCCUCCCCCACUCCCCGAGGCCGGGCGGGAGACGUUGGCCCCUGUGGGAGGUGGGGGCGGUGAGCAGGAAGAGAGGGAAAUGUGGCCCUGAGCUCUGGGAGGCAGUGUCCCACCCGGCGGCCCGGCCCAGUCCGGCCUUGGGCAGCCCAAGUAGCCCAACUCCGGUUCUGGUCCUGCCUGGCUGUUGUGCGUGCGUGUCUGUAUGUGCGUGUAAUGUCAGUGUCUAUGCGCGCGCGCUUGUGUGUGCAUGUCUAACGCGCACCCCCCUCCCCCCUUGCUUGGAUCUUCUUUCUUUCUUCCUGUCUUAAUUUUUCUCGGCGGGAUUAAAGUUGGAAAUUGAGCGGAGAAUUGAGCUGCCCAGGAGCAAGGCAGCGGCUGCCGUCAGAGCGAUGUUCCCGCAAAGCCGGCACCCGACGCCGCACCAGGCUGCAGGUCAGCCCUUUAAAUUCACCAUCCCGGAGUCCCUGGAUCGGAUCAAAGAGGAGUUUCAGUUCCUGCAGGCUCAGUAUCACAGCCUUAAAUUGGAAUGUGAGAAAUUGGCAAGUGAAAAGACAGAAAUGCAGAGACAUUAUGUGAUGUAUUAUGAAAUGUCAUAUGGAUUAAACAUUGAAAUGCAUAAACAGACUGAAAUCGCCAAGAGAUUGAAUACAAUUUGUGCACAAGUCAUCCCAUUUCUGUCUCAGGAACAUCAGCAACAAGUGGCUCAAGCAGUUGAACGUGCCAAACAAGUGACCAUGGCUGAGUUGAAUGCCAUCAUCGGGGUACGUGGUCUUCCAGGGCUCCCUCCUACACAGCAGCAAUUGCAGGCUCAGCAUCUCUCUCACGGCCAUGGACCCCCAGUGCCUCUAACACCUCACCCAUCCGGACUCCAGCCUCCUGGGAUCCCCCCCCUUGGAAGCAGCGCCGGCCUGCUGGCCCUCUCUAGUGCAUUGAGUGGGCAGUCUCACUUGGCAAUAAAAGAUGACAAGAAACAUCAUGACGCAGACCACCACAGAGACAGAGAACCAGGCACAAGUAAUUCUCUCUUGGUACCAGAUAGCCUAAGAGGAACAGAUAAACGGAGAAAUGGACCCGAAUAUUCUAGUGACAUCAAAAAAAGAAAGGUGGAUGAUAAAGAUUCCAGUCACUAUGACAGUGAUGGUGAUAAAAGCGAUGACAACUUAGUUGUGGAUGUGUCCAAUGAGGAUCCCUCAUCUCCACGGGCAAGCCCUGCACAUUCACCCCGGGAAAAUGGUAUUGACAAAACCCGUCUGCUGAAAAAAGAUGCCUCAAGCAGUCCAGCAUCUACAGCAUCCUCAGGAAGUUCUACUUCCUUGAAAUCCAAAGAAAUGAGUUUGCAUGAAAAAGCCAGCACGCCUGUUCUGAAAUCCAGCACACCAACUCCUCGAAGUGAUGUGCCAACCCCGGGCACCAGCGCAACUCCAGGACUUCGUCCAGGCCUCGGCAAACCUCCAACAAUGGACCCCCUUGUUAACCAAACUGCAGCUGGUUUGAGGACACCUCUGGCAGUACCAGGCCCAUACCCUGCUCCAUUUGGAAUGGUCCCCCAUGCUGGCAUGAAUGGAGAGCUGACCAGCCCUGGAGCAGCUUACGCAAGUUUACACAACAUGUCUCCCCAGAUGAGUGCCGCCGCAGCUGCAGCUGCCGUGGUGGCCUACGGACGAUCCCCAAUGUCCUUCAAGUCCUUAUCUUUAAAAUGGGGAUUGCAUCAAAUGGCCUCUAAGGUUGGUUUUGACCCCCCUCCUCACAUGAGAGUACCCACAAUCCCUCCAAAUCUAGCAGGAAUCCCAGGAGGCAAACCCGCAUACUCCUUUCACGUUACUGCAGAUGGUCAGAUGCAGCCUGUACCUUUUCCCCCUGAUGCUCUCAUCGGACCCGGAAUCCCUCGACAUGCUCGUCAGAUCAACACUCUUAAUCAUGGAGAAGUCGUGUGUGCAGUUACUAUCAGCAACCCCACAAGACACGUGUACACUGGUGGGAAGGGCUGUGUCAAAGUCUGGGACAUCAGCCAACCUGGCAAUAAGAGUCCAGUCUCUCAGCUGGACUGUCUGAACAGAGAUAAUUACAUCCGUUCCUGUAAAUUGCUCCCUGAUGGCUGCACCCUUAUAGUAGGUGGAGAAGCUAGUACAUUAUCCAUUUGGGACCUGGCAGCUCCGACCCCACGCAUCAAAGCUGAGCUGACAUCCUCGGCUCCUGCCUGCUAUGCCCUGGCGAUCAGCCCCGAUUCCAAGGUCUGCUUCUCCUGCUGCAGCGACGGGAACAUCGCAGUGUGGGAUCUGCACAACCAGACACUGGUCAGGCAAUUCCAGGGCCACACAGAUGGAGCCAGCUGUAUUGACAUUUCGAAUGAUGGCACCAAGCUCUGGACGGGAGGUUUGGACAAUACAGUCAGGUCCUGGGACCUGAGAGAAGGGCGGCAGUUACAGCAACAUGACUUCACAUCCCAGAUCUUUUCUCUUGGAUAUUGUCCAACUGGAGAAUGGUUAGCAGUGGGCAUGGAGAGCAGUAAUGUGGAAGUACUACAUGUCAAUAAGCCAGACAAGUAUCAGUUGCAUCUUCAUGAAAGCUGUGUUUUGUCACUAAAGUUUGCUUACUGUGGUAAAUGGUUUGUGAGUACUGGGAAAGAUAACCUUCUUAAUGCUUGGAGGACGCCCUAUGGAGCCAGUAUAUUUCAGUCCAAAGAGUCCUCAUCAGUGCUUAGCUGUGACAUCUCUGUGGAUGAUAAAUACAUAGUCACUGGCUCUGGAGACAAGAAAGCUACAGUGUAUGAAGUAAUCUACUGAAAACAUGAUGUGGUUUUAACUUUUAGAGUUGAACUGGGCCAAAAUGUUUUGAAUUUGUAGAAGUAGAAAGGUUGUAACUUAAGGAACAAAAAAGAAAUCUGAUGUUUCCAAACCUUUUCAUGAAGCUACUCCGAGUCUACAAAAGAAGGCAACAUCCAGCAAACUAAAUAACGGUCACCUGCUUAGACCCAAAGGAAGCAUGGAGGCAAAACGAAUGGACAGAUAACCAAGGUUUUAGGAUUCAGAGACUGAGUCUGUUGAGGAAUUGUUGGAGCCUUUUAUUUUCUUUCUCUGUGACCUCUUACAGAUUGCUCUCAUUGCCUGAAUAUGUGAGAUUACCUUUCUGUUCUUUGCAGUUCAACUUGCAUUCUGUCCUAUGUAGAGCAGUGGUGUCUCCAAUGAACUUUGUUCCCUGGUUUUGCAUCUUGUGAUAUGUUUUUUGUAUUUUUGUUGAAGGUUAAACAUUUGUAUAAAUUGUAAAUAUAUUUGGUUUAUUACAGUAAAGGCUUUAGUACCAACAA